AUGCUACGACGCUAAUAGACGAUCUUUGCUCUGUCAACAUAUAGGAGGUAUCUCGUCUGAGUUCGUCGCUUUUUGAACAAGAUGUUGGUGAAAAGAAUUGUUAAACCUUGUCUUCUUGGACUGAGAAAUGUCUCCGGACGAGAACAGCCUCUCUCUGUGGCUGUUGCAAGAUUACAGCACAGUCAGGCUGAGCAGACUCAACCCAACCGGAGAUCAAUCCGGCCGGAGACCUCCAGCGCCAAGAACCUGAUGGACAUCGGCACUCGUCGGAUCUUCAACGAGGACCACGACAUGUUCAGACAGAGUGUCCGGCGCUUUUAUCAAGAGGAAGUGGUUCCGCACCACAAAGAGUGGGAGAAGGCGGGUCAGGUGAGCAGGGAGGUGUGGGAGAAGGCUGGUGAGCAAGGUCUGCUGGGACUUAUGGUACCAGAGGAGCAUGGUGGCAUCGGAGGAGACCUGUUUUCUGCGGCAAUCACAUGGGAGGAGCAAUCGUAUUCCAACUGCUCAGGCCCUGGUUUCUCGUUGCACUCCGACAUUGUGAUGCCGUAUAUUAUCAACUAUGGUAGCAAGAAACAGAUUGAUCGCUUCAUUCCUCAAAUGAUUGCUGGGAAAUGCAUUUCUGCCAUUGCCAUGACAGAGCCAGGAGCAGGCAGUGAUCUACAGGGUGUGAGGACGUAUGCCAAGAGGGAUGGCAGUGACUGGAUCCUGAACGGCAACAAGGUGUUUAUCACAAACGGCUGGAUGUCUGAUCUGGUGGUGGUCGUGACUGUGACCAACCGGGAGGCGAAGACGGCGGCACAUGGCAUCAGUCUGUUCCUGGUGGAGGAUGGCAUGAAGGGCUUCCAAAAAGGACGCAAGCUGGAGAAGAUUGGUCUGAAGGCCCAGGACACAGCUGAGCUGUUUUUUGAGGAUGUGCGUCUCCCAGCUGAUGCCCUCUUGGGGGAACCGAACAAAGGUUUCUACUACCUGAUGAAUGAACUGCCUCAGGAGCGCCUAAUUGUUGCCAACAUGGCUAUAUCGAGCUGUGAGUUCAUGUUUGAGGAAACAAGAAACUACGUGUUGCAGCGGAAGGCUUUUGGCAAGACAAUCGCACACCUACAGACUGUGCAACACAAGCUGGCGGAGCUGAAGACUGAGAUCUGUGUGGGCCGAGCCUUCUUAGAUAACUGCCUUCAGCUUCAUGCUGAGAAACGCCUUGAUUCCCCCACAGCCUCCAUGGCCAAGUUUUGGGCGUCAGACCUCCAGAACAGGGUGGCUACUCAGUGCCUGCAGCUCCACGGAGGCUGGGGCUACAUGUGGGAAUACCCCAUCGCCAAGGCGUUUGUGGACGCCCGUGUACAGCCCAUCUACGGAGGCUCCAAUGAGAUCAUGAAAGAGCUCAUCGCUCGCCCCAUCGUCAGCCAGAAGUGAGACAUUUGAAGGUUUCGUGGUGAAGGAACACCGUUCUGUGCAAUGUGGGGUAGUUUGCACUGAAGCGUUUCUUAGUUGGCACUUUGUCUGUUUUUAAAGUGUAAAUGUGAUCACAGACAGCCUUGAAUGUAGCUAAAUGACACAAUGGUGAAUUUUUCAUAUCAGUAGUGGGAUUGAGGCAAGACUUUUUUAAUUGAAGAAAAACAUAUUUUUCAUCUUACAAAUCAAAGUUUUUAACUUAAUGUUGGAGCAUGCUUUUCUAAUCCAAAACACUUUUUGUCAAAUUUAGUGAAUAUUUCCUUGUUGUCCACUAGAGGGACAGUAAAUCCACCACAUGGUGACAUAAGUAUUUACCCUUUUUUUUUGACAAGAAUACACUAAAAACUUUUCAUGUGAAACAGAUUUCUAUAAAUUAGUGUGCGUUGUAAGUAUUCAUCCCCUAAAUUCUGACUUCAAGUCAAUAGUUUUAGAUGCACUUUUAGCAGCAAUUACCGUGUUGUCUCAGUCAGCCUUGCACAUCUGGACACUGUAAUUUUACCCAAUUUUUCUUUGUAAAACAGCUCAAGCUCUGUCAGUUUUUCUAAGGGAUUGAUCAGUCCUUUCAAAUCCAGCCACAAAUUCUUAAUUAGAUUGAGAUCUGGGCUCUGUUUUGGCAACUCUGGAACAUUCAUCUUGACUUUAAACCUUUUUUGUCUGCGUGCUUCGAAUCAUUACCUUGCUACACAAACAAAUCAUCUCCCAAGCUGCAGUUCCCUUGAAGACUGCUUCAGGUUAUCUUCUUUGAGUUCCCUGUGCUUAACUUCAUUCAUUUUACUCUAUCAUUACAAGCCAUUACAGGGCCUGCUGCCGAGAAGGAUCCCCUCAUCGCAAUGCUGCCACCACCACGCUUCACAGUGGGGAUGGUAUGUUUACGAUGAUGUGCUGUGCAGUCCACCAAACUGGGUGCCUUCACUGGAAAAAAUGCCCUUCUCAAAACAAGAAAAAAAACUUAUUUCAAAGAACUUUUCCCUUGAAAUGAGUGAAAUAAUCUGCCAAUAGAACAAGUGAAAAAUGGCUUGGUAAGAUUUCUCAAAAUAAGAUAUGAUGUUUAGAACAUUGAGAUCUUAAAAUUAGCUGGGAAAACUUAUUUUAAGCUAUAUUUUACCAGGAUUGUCAAGCAUAGGUGUCUUAACCCUCCUGUUGUCCUCAUUUACGGCACCAAAAAAUAUUGUUCCAUUGUCUGAAAAAAAUCUAAAAAUUCAGCCAAAAAAUUCCCCAGAUUUAAAAAAAAAAAAAAAAAAAAAAAAGCUAAAUCGGCAGGAAGAAAAUUUCUUAAAAGUUUCCCUUACAAGUUUUAUUUAAAAAAUGAAUCCCCAAAUUUGGCAAGAAAUAAAAAAAUAUAUAUAAAAAUUGUAAAUGUUUUCAAAAAAUGCAUAAAAAUCUUGAUAAAAAAUCUAAAAUGAUUCCAUAUAUAUCAGUAAAACUUUGAAUAAUUUCUUCAAGAACAUUCAGGAAAAAAUCAAUCAAAAUUCAGCGAAUUUUGCUGGAUUUUGUUUGAUUUUUUUUCCCCCCCGAAUGUUCUUAAAGAAACUUUUUUUUUUUAACAUUUCAAAAAUUUAAAUAAUUUCCCAAAUAACUUUGAAAACAUAGAAGUUUUCACUGUGAAAAUAUGUUUUUCCACAUUUUCAAACUGUAAAACGGGUCAAUUUGACCCGCAGGACGGCACGAGGGUUAAACUUAUUUUGAGUUUUUUUUUUCUGUAAAAUUCAACUCAAAACAAGAUAAUUUCAAGAUUGCUUGACUUAACAAUGUAUUUAAGAUGCAUCGUCUUAAAACAAGUCCCUCCAUCUUGCUGAAAUGUCACUUGCUAAGUGAAUUUAUCCUAAAUGAAGUGGGAUGAGACAUUUUGACUAAAAAUAAGACAAAUAGACUUGGUAAGAUUUGGAGUUUUUGCAAUGUUGUCUGAUGGCCAACAUGCUCAGUUUUGGUCCCAUCAGACCCAAAAACCUUCUUCUCGUUGACUUCAAGGUCUUCCACAUGCCUUUUGGUGAACUUGAGAUGAGCUUUAUCCGCAGUCGCUAUAUCUUUGCCUCUUCACAAGCACAGUGCUGGUGAAGAACCUGGUGCACACUUGUUAAAUGCUUGUUAUAUGACCAAUCACAGACUCUGCAUAAAACUUUUACUUCAUUCAGUAGAUUUAGCAGUUUUACAGGUACAACCAGUGUUGGCAAACUUUAAAAAGCAAUUGCUGUUUACAUGACAUCACUAAGUGAGGUUAUUGACUUCAUGACUGUUUUCUCCUCUACAGUUUUUGCAUUGCCCUGUAGUUUUCAUUUGUAGCAGUCAAUCUAAAAUUGCACAGAUUCACUUGAAACCUAGCCUAGCCACGCUAGACAACCCACGGCAACGAAUUUAAUUCUCUGCCAGGGUGGGUCUAGUUACCCUCCAUAAGGCUCGAGGCUGGAUUCUCCUAAAACUGGCCGGACGAAUCACCAUGAAGUGUAAAGUCAGAAGGCGGGCGUAACUAAGUGACGACAGAGGCGCAACGAUUCUGACAGAAACAACCGGCGCACAAUAAACAGUUAUCUUUCGACUCGGCUUUGGCCACAGCCCUUCAAGAUUUGAAGCUAAAAUUCAACUUGAAAGAUAAACAAAGGGCGGCACUGAAGUGUUUCAUUGAGAAGAAAGACGUAUUUGGACUUAUGCUGACGGGAUAUGGCAAAUCCUUAAUAUACCAGUUGGCUCCGCUGGUUGGGAAGCUAAUGGGACUUAGCCACAAUCCGCCGGCGCUCUAGGAACUACGUCAGCCUAUUCGUUGCACUAAUUGCUUGUAUACCUACCCAAUUGCUGCAGAGUGAUUUGAAAGACAACCUUUUAGCCCGCCUCCCUCCCUGUCGAGCGGUCCUAGACCCUUGUGCCUUCAGAACAUGGGUCUAGCGCGGCUAGGCUACUUGAAACCAGUAGUAUUCAUUUGAACAUUGGCAUGUUGUCAACUUUUUUAAGUUGUCUUGGCAAACCUGUGAGCUUGCUUUUUUCAACUGUUAUUGAGCAUCAUUUGGAGUGAUGUCAAUUGAAUCUAACAUUCUCUCUAUGUACAUAACAUGAAGCACUGAUUUCUCAACAGUUUCUCAACAAAGCCAUUCUCAAAUAUACAACUUUUCUAAAAUCAUUACCUGAUUUUUUUUUUUUUAGUCUUGCAUUAGUAUUAAUCGUUGUAUUGUUUUAUUGUAUUGAGAGAUAGCAGAUUGCAUGUAAUGUACUGAAAGCUAUUAGUGACUGAAAUUGUCAUUAGCUGCUUAUGUGUCCACUUGAUCAAAUUAAUAUUCAAUAAUUUGUUUUACUGGCCAGUGUUAAUCAGAAUGAAUAAAAUAUUGAAACUGUAGUUUCUGCAUCCUUGAAUAAGAAUAAAAAAAAAUGUUCAGAGCCUCAAUUAAAGUUAUAUGACCUCA